UUGAUCUCCCCUCCUCCCCCUCUCCCCUUCUCUCUCCAUUCAUUGUAAAUGUGGAACUCCUCGCCUUCGGUUUUAUCACAACUCGUUAACAUACUCUUUCUUCGAUCCCCUUCUUCGCCUCCUCCAUCCAGAUCUCCAUAUUUUCUGUCUUUCUUUGGGCCUCAGAUGUCGGUCGUGAUCCGGGAAUUAUAGAGGAGAUGGCGGUCUGAAGGUUGGAUUCCGAAAUUCAUUUGCUCGCCUGCGCGUAAUCUGCAAUCGUGGGGUUCAUUUGUGACGUGAUCUCGAUAUUUUCUCUUGGAUUCUCGUUGCCUGCUUUCUGCGUCUGGAGUUUGUUGGCCUGGUUAGCUAAUUUGGCGGCGAAGAUUGAAAAGAAACAGGAAUUGAGAUUGAUCGUGUACAGUGUCGUGGAUUGGAGCAUUAAUUAUGGCUCAGAGUAACUGGGAAGCGGAUAAGAUGCUUGAUGUUUAUAUACAUGAUUAUCUUUUGAAACGAAACCUGCAAGCCACUGCCAAAGCUUUCAAGGAAGAGGGAAAAGUUUCGACGGACCCUGUGGCAAUUGAUGCUCCCGGGGGCUUCCUAUUUGAGUGGUGGUCUGUUUUCUGGGAUAUCUUCAUUGCUAGAACAAAUGAAAAGCAUUCUCAAGUAGCUGCAGCAUAUAUAGAGACACAACGGACAAAAGCAAAGGAAGAACAUCAAAGACAGUUACAUAUGCAGCAACUGCAAGUCAUGCAGCAGCAACAUGCUCAAAUGCACCGAAGAGGUGCUAAUCAUCCUGCAAUUGGUGGGACAAUAAAUGCAACAAACACUAAUGGCAAUUUAGGCCCGUCAACAGCUAGUUUAUUGGCUGCUAAGAUGUAUGAAGAGCGCAUGAAACAACCACAGUCAGUGGAUACUGAAAUAUCCCCACAAUUUCUUGAUGCUAAUAGAGUUGCGCUUCUAAAAUCUGCAACCAGCCAUCCAGGGCAGUUUAUCCAAAGCAAUCCUGUCGGUGGAUCUGCUGCCAUGCAGCAUAUUCAGGGACAAAAUCAACAGACAUCUGGUGUCAUGGGUGCAGAACAAAGAUCUUUGCAUAUGGAUCCCUCUUCACUGUAUAGCCAAGGAAUUAUGCAGGCAAAAUCUGGAUUAAGUGGCGCUGGGAUGAACCAAGGUGUUAAUGGUCUUCCACUAAAGGGCUGGCCUUUGAGGGGAAUUGACCAAUUACGCCAAAAUUUUGGCUCACAAGUAAACAAACCGUUUGUACCAAAUCAGAGCCAGUUUCAGCUUUUAUCGCCAGACCACCAACAGCAAAUUUUAGCACAGGCCCAGGCACAAAGCAAUACUGAUUCAUCCAACUAUGGCAUGGAUCCGCGCCGGCUUCGAGCCUUGCCUAGGAGUGAACUUGGUGGAAAAGAUGGCCAACUCAAUGGAAAUGACGCAUCAAUUGGUUCUCCUAGUCAAUCAAGUUCGCCAAAGGUCAGACAGGAUCAGGCUUUCAUGAAGAUGCAGCAGUCAUCUAAUCAACAAACACAUGAACUGGUGCAGGAACAACAACUGCAACAGAAUACCAGGAAGAGAAAACCUAGUACUUCUGGAGCUGCAAAUAGUACUGGUACAGGAAAUACUGUUGCACGUUCUGCUAACUCUCCUCCAUCAACUCCUUCCAUUCAUACAACUGGUGAUGGAGUUUCGAUGGCUAGCAACCUGCAAAAUGCAAGCACCAUGUCCAAAAGUUUGAUGAUGUAUGGAACCGAUAGAGCAGGUGGACUUGUUUCUUCUUCAAAUCAGAUGGAUGACCUGGAGAAUUUUGGGGAUGUUGGUUCUUUGGAUGACAAUGUUGAAUCCUUCCUUUCAAAUGAUGAUGGAGAUGGAAGGGAUAUAUUUGCUGCAUUGAAAAGUACUGCCGAGCACAAUGUGGAAUCUUUGAAUGGUACGUUUAAUGAGUUUGGUUGCAUACGUACCAGUAACAGCAAGGUAGUUGCUUGUCACUUCUCUUCAGAUGGGAAGAUGCUCGCUAGUGGUGGGCAUGAUAAAAUGGUUGUUAUCUGGAACAUGGAUACACUGCAAACUGUGAGCAGUUCCCAAGAGCACUCUCAUAUCAUUACAGAUGUCUGUUUUCAGCCAAACUCAAGUCAGCUGGCAACAUCAUCCUUUGAUAAAACUGUUCGAAUAUGGAAUGCAGCUGAAUCAAUUCAUUGUCUAAAUACUUUCACGGGACACGGCUCACAUGUAACAUCACUUGAUUUUCAUCCUAAAGAGAUGGAUAUCUUCUGCUCUUGUGAUGACAAUGGUGAGAUUAGGUACUGGAAUGCCAACCAGUAUUUAUGUACCCGUGUUUCUAAGGGUGCUACGGUACAGGUAAGAUUUCAGCCUAGAAGUGGACAAUUUUUGGCUGCAGCUGCAGAAAAUGUGAUUUCUAUUUUUGAUGUUGAAACACAUACACCUACACGCACAUUACAGGGCCAUAAGAAGGAGGUACAUUCUAUUUGCUGGGAUGCAAAUGGCAAUACUCUUGCUUCUGUUAGUCAGGACCUAGUUAAAAUAUGGUCUUUGCAUACCUGGGAUUGUAUCCAUGAACUAAACUCCAAUGGUAAUCCGUUCCAUUCAUGUAUCUUCCACCCAAGAUUCCCCCAAAUUUUGAUUAUCGGAGGCUAUCAGUCGCUGGAGUUGUGGAACGUGAUUGAGAACCAGACCAUUUCAGUCCCAGCACAUGAAGGCGUUAUUGCAGCUUUGGCACAAUCACACUCAACUGGAAUGAUUGCAUCUGCUAGCCAUGACAAAUCUGUUAAAAUUUGGAAAUAAUGGUAGCAGUUAAACCCUGUUCAUGACACUUUGUUAAAUUUGGAGCAGGGAAGGAAAAAGAAAUGCUGAAAGAGAUGAUGGUCGUAUGGUGCUCUUCAUUUAUCAUGUUUAUAUAUGGCCUUCGUUUCAUCUGCAGUGUAAGCACAAUAAAGUAAGAGGCCGAUGGUCUUUUGUGGGUUUCAAUUAUGUCCCUUUGUGUGAAAGAUGCAACUUCUCUCAUCUAGGGAGCCAGAUCGGAGAGGGUACAGAAGAGAGCACAAUAUUUGGUUCUUUUACUUCAUUCUCGUUUUUUUCCAUAUAAUAGCCUUCAAAGAUGUGUAUAAUAUGGGGACUCAGACUUGGAACAUCAAACUUUUUUGGUCCCGUGAAAAUCUUCAACCAAGUUUGAUUCAGAUGAACCCACAUUUGGAUGACAUAAUGGACAUCAUGGAGAUUGCUUGUUUAUUACGGGUCUCACAUCUGUUGCAGAGUGAUUUGAUUUAAGGAAUACUUGUUCAUGCGCCUGUGUCAAGAGACUGGUUGCAGAGUUUGACUUCUUCAGUUGUGUUGAUAGUAACAGAAGCAGAUAUGAUAUUCCUCAAGAUGCCUUGUGAGUACUUCUAAAGAUUUGUUCGCAGCAGAGUAAAUUCACAGAGGUGUUGGGAACCUGAAAUUGUGAGUACUCACAAGAUGCUUUGUGAGUACUUCUAAAGAUUCGAUUCUCUUAACGUGGUCAAUUCACAGAGGUGCUGGGAACCUGAAAUUGGAGUUGCAGUGAGAUGUUGGAGUUAAUUCGGACGACAGGUGCUGUUCUGUUCGAGGACUUUACAUUUGAUCUUUUAUGUUGUAUGCUACAAUGGAUGCCUUGAAGCAUUCAUAGGAUGUCAUAUUUUCUG